GACUAAUGUUUGUUCCGUGCGGGCCACCAUCCUUCGCCUCGUUCUCGCUCUCUCGGUCGGUCCUGCAGUGAAGAUGGCGGAAGCUCCCCCGCGGCCCUGCCGGUUCUUCUGUCACCGGUGUUCGGAAGAGAUCAGCCCUCGGCUCCCGGAUUACAUCUGUCCGCGGUGUGAGUCCGGCUUCAUCGAGGAGCUGCCUGGAGAGGGAAGUGCAGAGAACGGGUCCACAUCCACAGCCUCUAGUGAUCAGAACCGGCCCUCGUUUGAGAAUGUGGACCAGCACUUGUUUACGUUCCCGCAUGGUUAUGGGCAGUUUGCUCUGGGGAUCUUCGAUGAGGGCUUCGACUUCAGGGGGGGUUUGUCAGCAGAAGAUAACCGUGAUGCAGAGAACCGCAGAGAGCGAGAGAUGGCCUCACGACAGAGAUACGGGGCCAGACAGCCACGGGGACGACACGUCCCCCGGAGACAGGGAGCACGGCAUGAGGGGGUACCCACUCUAGAAGGAAUCAUUCAGCAGUUAGUUAAUGGAAUUAUUGCUCCGACAGCUAUGCCAAACAUGGCGAUGGGGCCAUGGGGAGUGCUGCACUCAAACCCAAUGGACUAUGCAUGGGGUGCCAAUGGAUUAGAUGCCAUCAUAACACAGUUAUUAAAUCAGUUUGAAAAUACGGGUCCCCCUCCGGCAGACAAAGAGAAGAUUAAGAAUCUCCCUACAGUCCAGAUAACACAGGAGCACGUGGGUGCUGGUCUAGAGUGUCCCGUCUGUAAAGAAGACUACAGCGCAGAAGAGAACGUUAGACAACUUCCUUGCAAUCAUCUCUUUCAUAACGACUGUAUAGUUCCCUGGCUCGAGCAGCAUGACACGUGUCCGGUGUGCAGGAAGAGUUUGACUGGGCAGAACACAGCCACAGAUCCGCCCGGCCUGUCAGGGAUGAAUUUCACCCCUUCCUCCUCCUCCUCUUCCUCCUCCAGCUCUCCAAGCAACGAGAAUUCCACCAAUAACUCGUAAGAGCUGAACACAUCAUCAUCAUCAUCAUCAUCAUCUCAGUGCUGCGCCGUGCUGGUUUCCCCUCCAGCCGUGACAGAACCAGGGCUGAACGAUAACCUCUGACCCCUGCCCAUCACUAAUAACACACCUUUACCAGCCCUGAAGCGGGUCCAGACUGGUCAGAGAGCACGCCAAACCCCCAAGAGACAAAUACACUCUUCUAUCGCUUCAGACAGCGUUUCGUUGCUUUUUUUUAAACCGUUGAACUUCAGAGCGGUCAUGCCUCAAGGUUUGGGCGGCACCUGUCCACGUGAGGUGGUUUUGAUCAGCAGAAAGCCUGAGAAAAAUGCUGAGGAAAACAGAGCGAUGAAGGAAAAGAGGAAGAGGAUGUUACACAGCGAUGACGGUGCCAGAUCUGAAGAGUCGAACUGCAUUUUACAAGCAGACGUUGUGUCUCUCGAGAGGGACACGUGCGCUCAAAUAGAACCUUUUUUAUCAUUUGAUGUUUAUUUUAUGGAUAAAAGUGGCUGAAUCUCACAAAACCAGUCACAUUUCACCUCAAAACCAGAAGAAAAAAAGAAGCCUAUUUAAAGGCACCAAUAACUUUUUGUUACUUUUGAAUACAUUUUUGAAAUGUGUUAUUUUCAUGACAAUAAAGCACAGUUUGCUGUAAUGCAAAAAAUAUCAAAUGCGAAUUGAAUUCAUGUUUAUAGAUUAUAUCGUUAGAUGUACUGCCUUUAAUUAGAUAAAUGAUUUUAUUACAGUAUUUUAGAAUUGUAAUACUACAUUACAGUAAUCUGAGUAAUAAAUCUGAAUGCACCGUGGUAAUUAAAUGCUUAAUUCUCAUGAAAAUAACUCUAAUAUAGUCAUUUUGGGCAUAAUACAUUUUUAUUUUCUUUUGACUUGGAGGUUAGUAAAACCUGGACAUGUUUUUUUGUGUGAUGUGUCACCCAUAUAUAUAUAUGAAACAUAUUUAUUGAAAACAUUAAAACACAAACAAACUGCAUCAUAUUGUGCAAAGCCAAGCGAUCCAAGAACAUCUGUGACUGAGGAAAACACAGCGCAGGUUUCUCUCCUAAUAUUUAUCUUCAUUUUUUUCUUUGUUUUGAGAAGAUUAUUAGAACAUUGAACAAAAAGAAACGUGUGAAUUUGGGGCAGUAUUUUAUGAUUUUCUACAAUAAGCAUUAUCCUUAAAACUCAUGAGAGAAAUAGAUUUUCUCUAUUUCACUUUGCAUUUUUUUGGCCUUUAUCCAAACCGGCACACGACCCGAUAAUGUGAUAAAAGCUCUCUCUCGCUUUCUUUUUUUUUAUUGUAUUUUUUUUAAAUCCCCUCACAUUCAGCUGUCUUCUCACAGUCUGCCACACAUAUUAAUUGACUUUCAGGUCAAGACUUUUUUUUUUACUUCUUUUAAGUUAAAUGGUUUGUUUUUGUAAAUCAUAAUAAAAGAGAAGAAUAAACUAA